AUGGCUUUGAUGCAAGAUCGAACUUCUGCUGCUUCGGCUGAACCGAAUGAGUUCGGUUGUUGUGAGGUGCUACUCACAUUUGUAUGUGACGAAUUGUUCUUGGCUCAUAUUGCACCGGUGGACUUUAACCGGUAUCAGUUUGUGAUCCGAUUCAGCGGUCUUUCACCGGAAUCGCGACUUGCUGACGAUAGUGAGCCCGCGAACUCGCCAGUGGUUCAACUGGCUGAUGUGGCAUUUGUAUUCCGUUACUAUAAUCCCCAGUUCACUUACAUGGAGCUGAUUUCGCGGUUUGUGUUCUUCAUUUUGACGGAGCUAAUCACGUCCAUAUUCCUAUUUCUCUGA